AUGUUAGCGUUAAAAGAUGGGGUGAAAGGCUGUGUACCAUCAUCCAGAAUUCCUUAUUGGCGGAUGGUCUUUGACCAGGGCGCUGUGAAUCAAAGAGUUAUCAAUGCGCCAUAUGAGGGUAGCGGGACUGAUGAUGAUCCGUUUAUCAUUGUUUCCUGGAUGUCGGAAGACCCCAGGAAUCCUUUAGAAUUCAAGAACGGCCUAAAAUAUUGCGUCACAUUCAUGGCCUCGAUGGCCAGUCUCGCUGUCUCGUUAGGCUCAUCCGAAUACGCAGCUGGCGUAAGUGAUAUUAUAAGCCAUUUUGGAUGCAGUAAAGAGGUUGCAAUCCUAGGACUUUCGUUUUUCGUCCUUGGAUUUGCAUUAGGACCGUUAUUGUGGGCGCCGCUGAGCGAAGCCUAUGGACGGCGCUUCGUCUUGGGCAUGAGCUUGAUGUUCUUCACCGUUUUUACAGCUGGAUCAGCCGGUGCUCAGAAUAUCUGGACUCUGAUUAUUCUUCGAUUCUUCGCUGGCAGUCUUGGAUCUGCUCCGAUGGCAGUCUCUGGCGGAGUUAUCUCUGACAUCUACCCUGCUAUUGACCGCGGUCUUUAUAGCAGCUUAUAUGCCGCCACGGCAUUCCUUGGCCCAACACUCGGGCCUAUUACAGGCGGCUUUUUAGUUGAAAGCGGAGGUUGGCGCUGGUGUCAAGGAUUAGCAGCAACCUUCGGUGGUCUCAUGUGGCUGCUCCUCCUUAUAUUCCUACCAGAAACAUACGCGCCAGUCCUGUUGCGGGAGCGAGCGAAGAGGCUAUCGAAGUUGUCGGGGCAAUCAUAUGCCUUUAAGCGUGAUAUUGAAGCUAAACAUACCCCGACAAGCACUAAAGUCAAAGUUAUCCUAUCUCGGCCCUUUAUCCUACUUAUCCGCGAGCCGAUUGUGCUCCUUCUCAGUAUCUACACCUCUAUUAUCUAUGGUACUCUAUAUCUUCUCUUCGACGCCUACCCUAUCGUGUUUGAAGAAGUUCGUGGCUGGAAUCCUGGAAAAGGCGGCCUUGCCUUCCUAGGCGUGUUGGUGGGAAUACUAUUCUCAAUUGUCUAUAACGUACCCGUUUAUUUCAGCUAUAGAAAGCAAACCCUCGCAGCACCAGGCCGCCUAGGUCCUGAAGCACGCUUGCCUUCCGCUUUCUUCGGUAGUAUCAUGCUUCCGAUUGGUCUGUUCUGGUUCGCCUGGACCAAUUCCCCUUCCAUCCAUUGGAUGUCGUCGAUCGCCGCAGGUGUGCCAUUUGGAUUUGGUAUGGUGACAGUGUAUAUGCCCAUUCAAAAUUAUUUGAUAGACACAUACACAAUCUAUGCCGCCUCCGUGCUGGCCGCGAACUGUUUUCUACGAUCUUCGUUUGGGUGCAUCUUCCCACUGUUUACCUCGUACAUGUACCAAAAUCUUGGUAUCCACUGGGCAUCUUCUAUUCCGGCAUUCCUCGCUCUGCUUUGCACGCCCAUGCCCUUUUUCUUUUACAGGUAUGGGCCGCUUAUCCGCGAGAGAUGCCAUUUUGCUGCUGAGGCAGAAGCAUACAUGCAAAGUCUUCUUGAGCAUGCCAAAGGUACAGCUACACCGCCUGUCGUGGCCAACGAAGAAAAGAUUUCAAAAGUUUAA